AUGCGCCUCUUAUGCGCGGAAGAAGUAGAUGCGUCUUACAAAAGUACCUGGUCUACACAUGCAACAUCACAGGGUUCGCAAGGUUAUGGCAGCAAUUCCUUAUCUGCUAUGUCAAAAUCCACAUUAGAUGCGCAUACGCAUCUCCGUCAGCCAGACCCCUAUCAAAUGUUUGGACCCACUAGCAGCCGUCUUGCGAAUUCAGGAUCUGGGCAGAUUCAGUUGUGGCAGUUUCUUCUGGAACUGCUCAGUGACUCGAGCAAUGCUGGCUGCAUCACCUGGGAGGGAACCAAUGGAGAAUUCAAACUCACGGACCCAGACGAAGUCGCCCGUCGUUGGGGCGAACGGAAAUCCAAGCCAAACAUGAACUACGAUAAGCUUAGUAGGGCUCUGAGAUACUACUAUGACAAGAAUAUAAUGACAAAGGUGCAUGGUAAACGAUAUGCCUACAAGUUCGAUUUCCAAGGACUGGCUGCGGCCACUCAGCCAGCUGCUAGCGACCCAGCUUAUAAGUACCAGAGCGAUCUCUUCAUGAGCUCGUACCAUCACUCCGCUAAGCUGUCGUCGUUCAUGGCCCCCCACGCUGCUAUGCCGACAUCCACAGCGUCAAUAUUCCCGUCAGCGUCAUGGAGUAAUUGGGGUGGUGGUGGCGGCAAUCUUUACUCACCACAUUCGAUGGCACCGCCCCACGUCACCUCACACCUAGGCUCCUAUCCUCACUACGCAUGA